AUCCGUAUCGCACACGGAGGGAUCCGACACCGCCGCCGCCGCCGCCGCCGCCGCGACUCGGGACCGCCUCGGUACGAUAUCGCUGUAUCGGCAGUACGCUGUACGAGUUUUCUCGCGUCUUCCGCCGCCAGCGCCUCCAUUCGCGUUCGCGUCGCCGUCACCGCCAAAAGAAUUGCACUCGCGUCCUCUUCUCUCGCCGUGACGCGUUCUAACGUCGUCGUGCAAUUUUUCCUGUUUUCCUCUCCACAUUAAAUUUAUUGGAUAUCGUGUUUUCUAUCCGCAUUCGUCGCACGUAGUCCGCGAAUAAGUCUGUGUCUGUCUGUGUGUGUGUGUGUGCGCGUGUGCGCGCAUCGUAUAUCCGUCGUCGUCCGGUCCGGUGGUGGUGGUGUCCUGUCGCACGCACCCCGUUCCCAACGGGAAAUCCGUCGUCGUCGUCGUUGUGUGAUGAACGUCGUAGUUUUCCAGGGUGUACGUCGUCACAGAUAAUCAAAUCAAACUAUGGACGAAUCAAAAGAAAUUACUAAUGAUGGGGCAACUCUUCUUACCCAACAAAAUAGAAAACAACAUAAUCAAGCAAUUGUGUGGCGCAAUGUCAUAUUGUUUGGUUACCUUCAUUUGGCUGCACUUUAUGGUGUGCUACUAAUGUUUACCUCUGCUAAAAUUGCUACAACUAUUUUUGCAAUAUUGAUGUAUCAAGUAUCUUCAAUUGGCAUUACAGCUGGAGCUCAUAGACUUUGGUCACAUCGGGCCUAUAAAGCCAAAUGGCCAUUACGUGUGAUAUUAAUUAUAUUCAAUACAAUAGCUUUUCAGAACCAUGUGUAUGAAUGGGCUCGUGAUCAUAGACUACACCAUAAAUACAGUGAAACAAAUGCUGACCCGCAUAAUGCAAACAGAGGAUUUUUUUUUUCUCAUGUUGGUUGGUUAUUAUGCCGAAAACACCCAGAAAUUAUGGAAAAAGGACGUGGUAUUGACAUGAAUGAUUUACUAGCUGAUCCAAUUGUUUCCUUCCAAAAAAAAUAUUACAAGUUCCUGAUGCCAUUGUUGUGCUUCAUAUUACCAACAAUGUUACCUGUGUAUUGUUGGGGCGAAAGUUGGACAAAUUCUUGGUUUGUGGCCACUAUGUUUCGGUAUACUUUCUCGCUUAAUGUCACAUGGUUAGUAAAUAGUGCUGCACAUAUGUGGGGUGGAAGACCAUAUGACAGGUUUAUAAAUCCCUCGGAAAACAUAACUGUAGCUUUAUUGGCAUUGGGAGAGGGUUGGCACAACUAUCACCAUGUAUUCCCGUGGGAUUACAAGGCAGCAGAAUUGGGUGAUUAUAAACUCAAUAUGACAACUGCAUUCAUUGAUUUCUUUGCGAAAAUUGGAUGGGCAUACGACCUGAAAACUGUAUCAGCCGAUACAGUACGUAAGCGUGUGGAGCGUACUGGCAUAAAUAGUGGAGAAGAUACUCAAUCAUCAUGGGGUUGGGACGACAAAGAUUUGCCACAAUCUGAUCGUGAAGCUGCUACAAUUAUUAACAAGCAAGGAUAAUUAACUUAAACAAAAAAAUAUAUUUAAGUUUGUAUUAUGUAUCAGUGAACUAUAUUCUGAGUGCUACCGUGUGUAUUAUGUUGUAUAUAUUAAUAUUAUGUUUACCACGAUUAAAGUUUAUUUGUUUAUACAUAAU